AGUUGGGGAUAUUUUAUUAAAAUUAAAAAGUAAAGGGGUACAAAUUGACAAUUUGUGCCAAACUAGAGGUGCAAAGUGGCAUAGAAGCCAUUUUGCACACAAACAAAUCUAGCAAGCAGUUAAUUCCGGCGAAAGAACCGGCGGCGGCGACCCUUUGAGUUCGAUCUGCACCAAUACAAUACAAUACACGUCAUAAUAUUUGUGGAAGGGUAACCCCACUCUGUUUUUGAAAGCAUUUUCUCUCCCGCGCUAAAGCUAAAGCUAAACCCUAAACCAGAUUUUGGCGCCAUGACCUCCUCCGAAGCCGACGUUCUGAUUUCCGACCUCUCCACAGGUAAAGCAGGGAUUCAUGGACGCAUUUCGGCCUACCUACUUGUGUUCAAAGAACCCCUCAAAACCUGUGCCCAAAAGCAAUCUCUUAUUACCGAUUACUUUCCCUUCCUCAACCGAGCGCUUACUCUUCUCCGGCGAAAGCUAGGUCAUCCUUCAAAGUUGAAUGAGAAAUUCGCAGCCGAAUGGUUCGCUGUUUACCGACUCUGUGUCGACUGCAUUGCCGUCAUCUCCAGGAUUCUAACGAAACCACUUCUGCUCCUUGACGAAGGGUUCAAGAUCCUGCGGUGUUUCGCGCGUUGGCGUCGUUGGGAGGAUGGCGAGAGGGAGGGACUAGCAAUUUUAAAGGGCAUCAAGGAGAUGCAACGCCUCCCUGUCAGUGACGUCACAUCCAACUUAUAUUUGCCGGAUUUGGAUGCCGAUGCCGAUGACGCAGGGGAAGCAACAUUGCUUGCCAAAACGGUGCCGUUGCUGUUUGUUUGCGCAGCAAAGAAUAAGAAGCCCAAGCAUCCUGACCAGUAUCACCGCCUCUAUCAUAUUGCUACCGAGUUUCAUACAUGGACCAGUGUAUUGGAUAAAGAUCCCCGCCAGCUCGUGCUCGAGGAGCAAGCGAGCUAUCUUGCGACUUGUACCAUCUUUUUAGUUGGCAAGGUUGAUCAAUUUGACUCCAAAUUUGAUCUUGCAAGCAAGUUUUGUGACCUAAUUAUCACCACAUCAGUCCAAGGAUCUCCUCACCUAACGAAGCUAUGUGAUUCCCUUUAUCAAAUUGGUGUGCGAAUGUUUAGUAACAAAGAAUUUAAACAGGCUUCAGACACUUUGAAGUUGUAUUGUCAGGCAACAUGGCUUAUAAUCGAAGGAAAACUAAAGGAGGCAGAAACUAGAUUAUCAAAUUAUUACAGCUUGGAAUUAUUUGGCAAGUGGUGUGAAGCAAGUACUUUACUACUCCAAGUUCUUAGUCAAUCUGAGGGUACUCAUGCAGUGCAAGGAGUUAUAAAAGACUGGGCUGAAAAGUGGGCUGCUGAACAUUUUUCUAAUAGACUGCCAGGUCCCAUCUCGUUGGUGGAGCAAUGGGUGGAGAUUCAGGUAAAACUCGUAAAAGGUCAUGAAAAUGGGGAUGAUGUGGGCACUUUGUUAGGCAAUUUGUUUCUAUCUUCUAGCAAAGUAUCAAGAAAGAAGAUCUUGCAGCAGGAACUUCUAUUUUAUGUUCAAAUGCAAAAUGACAACCCCAACUUUUGUAAGAGAAUGCAAAUGAUGAUUAAGGAUUUACUAGAGAAAGAUGGGUUUGGCACACUAAUUGAUUGGUUAGAGGAAUCAAGCUGUUUAAGACUGUGUGGAGUCAGAGGUCCAAAAUACUGCACUCAAUGCUUGUCACAAGCACUUGAAGUUGCUUCUGGCCAUCAAUUAGCAGUGGCAUAUUGUUUACGAUCACUUUGCACCGAGGAAUAUGAACCAAACUCAGAGAAAGUGUUUCAAGAUAUUCAGUCUGCCCUUGCUGUGUGGUCGAGCAUUCCUACUUCAGAUGGCUCCAUGGUGCCUGAAAAUAUAAUGAAGAUACUUUAUUCUGUAAUUGAUUUGCUAUCCCUCAAGGGUCGCGUAGACUUUCACUGUACUAUAUACAAGGUUAUGAUUAAGAUCUAUACCCAGAGAGGAGUCUCGUUGAAUAAUUUGUUGGCCAAAUUGUGGGAAUCCAGAAGGAUCAGUCAUGCACUCUGCCCUUCUCCAGUUCAAGAGGCAUUUAUGAGCCUGUCAGUUGUUUUUGGCGAAAAGUUAAAGUUAACUGAGUUUUGGAUAGAGUGUUUUAGUAAAUCCCAGCCAUUGGUAGUAGGGUUUCAUAACAAUUUCUCAUCUUCCCAAUCCAAUAUAACAGUUCAUAAUGUUGAAGAAGUAACUUCUGCACUAAUUUCAAGUGUUUCUGAAUCUGGUUCUUACCUAGCUGGAUAUAUGUACUACGAUUUGUGUGAAAAAUUGGUUUCAAAUGGGCGUUCAGUUGAGGCUCUUCCGUAUGCAAUGGAAGCCCACCGCUUACGAGUAGAACUAUUCAAACAGAAAUUUCCAUGGUCUUUUGAAGGACGCAGUGAAGGGAAUCACGUGCUAGUCUGUAGAUCAGUUGCUAGUGAACUAUGGUCCUUUGAUACUAAUUCAUGUGACUUGGACAUCUGCUAUAUUAGCCCCUGGAAUGCACUUCAGUGCUAUCUUGAGAGCAUUCUUCAGGUAGGGGUUAUCCAUGAAAUACUGGGAAAUGGAGCUGAGGCCGAAUAUUUUUUGGAUCGGGGAAAAAGUCUUUCCUGCUCACAUAGCUUGACUCUUUUUAACAUUGUUUUUUCUUCCUUUUUGGGAGAACUAUACCAUAAGAAGCAGCGUUGGGCUUCAGCAAAAAAGGAACUUCAAAGUUCCAGGGAACUCUUGAAGGAUGGCAUAAUAGAUGGUUUUUGCUCAAAAUGCAAAGUGAUAGUUGAAGUAACUGUUACACAUAAUCUUGCUGAUUUAUACCAAAGCCCCAUCAGUGAAAUUGAGAGUGCAUCUGCAGAGAAAUUAUCUACUGAUCUCUACAAAGAAACUCUAGCCAAGCUACAUACUUCUGAGUGGAAAAAGUCUAUUGCUUGUCUUGAAGAACAAGAUGGUACUAUUUUAGUCAAAGAUGGUAAUUCACAACUUGAAGGCAGUAUUGAGUGCAAUUCUCCCAAUACAUUGUGUACGAAGGAACUUUCCUGGGAUUUGGAUUUGCAAAACUGUGUAGUAUCAUUUGGGGGUGAUGUACCAUGCAUAUGCAAAACAAUGGGGUGUUGGCAUUGUCUUACAGGGAAAGUAACAAAAUCUGGCUUAGUGACUGACGCUAUAAAGUUGAAGUGGGAACUAGUACACCGUCGUCUUUCACUCAAGCUGCUCACAGGAUUAGGAAAAUGCUUGGAGAAUGAUGGCCAAAUUCAUGAAGCAUGUGAAAUUAUAUUUCAAAGCAUAUCAGUAUUAGUUGGACCAAACCCAUUUUGUCGCGCAAGCAAAUCAACUUUCUUGCCUGAUACGAUGGGAAAGGAAAUCAGUGCUCAGCGGAAACAUAUAAACCUAUAUCAUCUAAUGGGAAGGGAAAUCCCAGGAGAUAUGCUGAAUGUUGAGCGUGCUGUAAUACUUUACAACCUAUGUUGGUUGUCUUUGAAGGACCGUAAGAAGGAUACCAGAAAUAAUCCCCAUGUGCUGAUUGAUAUUCCUAUAUCAAAACUAGUGUCUUGGUUGAUGCUUUCAUUCGUCCUCUGCCGUGAGGUUCCUGCACUUUUUCAGAAGGUUUCGAGAUUGCUGGCUGCUAUUUUCUCACUGUCUACCUCAAGUGUGCUUGAAGCUCCAUUGUCAACUUCUUGCAAAGAUCUCUGUGGACGUCAUUGGGUUUGUUUUUUUCAUCAAGCUUCACUUGGAAUUCAGUUUAAUUACCUGUUUUCCAUGAAAGAAGUCCAGCAGGGUGCAGACACUAAGGGUUCACACAUGGCAUCAGGAGCACAGAGUUUACCUAGGCUCGCACCAGAAUCUAUUCUAAACCUUAAAGACUUUGUAAAAGAAUUUUUUGAAGGCCUUCCUGGCACCACAGUCAUCUGUCUAAGUUUACUUGGCUGCCCAUAUACUAGUAUGUUUCAGGAAUUAUUGUCUUGUUCAUCUGCUCCUGCAUGGAUUAUGGUGUCUCGCUUAAACCUUAAGAAUCUUCCUAUACAUAUUCUUCUUCCGGUGCAUUCAGUACCAGGAGGAGAUUCAGAUGGUGUUACAAUUUCUGGUGAGAAUGAUGGUGGUCAGUGGUGCUGUCCAUGGGGUUCCACUGUGGUUGAUGAUGUGGCUCCGAAUUUUAGAAUGCUAUUGGAGGAGAAUUUCAAUUUAGCAAAGUACGAGUUAGCUUUAAGUCCUGCUGAAAAGAAAGAUCAUAUAUAUAAUGUGUGGGAAGCGAGACGGAGGAUUGAUGAUCGCCUUUGUACAUUGCUGAAAAACUUGGAAGAUUCAUGGUUUGGUAGUACUUUGAAAUAUGUGCUUCUUGGUGAAGUGUCCAACUGCAAGGAUCUGGACACGUUAUGUGAGAACCUUGUGAGGAAAUUGAAAUCUCAAUUCACGGACAUAGAUUCUAGUCUUCUGAAAGUCAUCGUCCUUGGGGUGUCCAAAUAUGGCUUUAAAGGAGGCACAGAACAAGUUAUGUUGGAGUUUUGCCUUAAGAAAGGUAGUUUCUUUAGUGAUGUUCAUUUCAAGGAUGACCAUUGUGCUGAUGAAUUGCGUGGCUUUGCUUCCAAACUACAUGAAGCAGUGAAGAAGGUCAAAGGCUUUAAUAGAAUUAUAAAGCCGAUAAUCUUAGUCCCAGACUUUGACGUCCAGAUGCUUCCUUGGGAGAAUUUACCGGUACUAAAGAACCAGGAGGUUUAUCGCAUGCCAUCAGUUUGGAGUAUAUUGGCAGCAUAUAGAAAUGAGCGCAAGAUCAAUCCUUUGGAUGCCUAUUAUUUGUUAAACCCUGAUGGUAGCCUGAAUUGCAAACCCGAUUUUGACAAAUUGUUUAGAGAUAAUAAGUUGAAGGGGAAGGUUGGACAUGCACCCCCAACUGAAAAACUGGCAGCAGCUUUGGAAAGCAGGGAUCUCUUCAUAUAUAUAGGCCAUGGAGAUGGGUCGUUAUAUAUUCCUAAUGAUAGGAUCGAGAGACUCCAAAACUGUGCUGGGGCUUUCCUAAUGGGAUGCAGUAGUGCUUCUUUGAAACUAGAUGGGUGUUACGUUCCACGAGGUCCUCCCCUAUCGUAUCUGCUUGCCGGUUCUCCUGUCAUUCUCGGCAAUUUAUGGGAAGUAACAGGCCUUGACAUUGAUAAAUUUACACAUGCUAUGCUUGUCUCUUGGUUUAAAGAUAGGUCUUACCGUAAAGAUUGCGAUCAGAAGCUAAUGAUUGGAACAUGCAUGAGUCGAGCCCGUGAUAAGUGCAGUCAUUUUCCUUGCUUGGUUGGGGCAUCACCGGUCUGUUAUGGAGUUCCAACAGAACUCAAAGGAACUAUGGAAGUAGCCACUCCUAGCACUGAGCUAAGCCCAACAACCUGCCUUGGGAAAUAAUUAGAUGAUGUACAUGAGUGUAGCAUCUCAGAUUGAAUAUGAGGCUAUACCUUUGGAGGAUUUUGAGAUCAAGCCGAUGGAUGAAUCAGAAUUAAUCGAAGCAUUAGAGUCAAUGAAAGUAGUUAAUGGAAGAAUCGACUCUGAGAACAUAACAUCAUAAGCAAACCAAUCACAUUAUUUUUAAGCCUCCAAGUGUUUGAUCUAAUUUUAAAGUAGAAUACAUCAGCAGAGGUGUCUCAAAUUGUUGUGCUCUGUUUCAAAUUGAAGAUUUCCCAAAUAACAGAAAAUCGGAUAAAAGAAAAAUAUUGAAGGCCGACUUUUC